AUGAGUUCGAAAAUAUAUCAUCGAAUCCAUUCUCACGAAGGAAAUGAAUUACCGACCACUCCUGUUGAAAACACAACGAGACACGCCCCAAAUGCAAGACGCGUAGCGACCACCACGAAGGCUAGCCGAAAAUCAUCGGUCCUUACGAACUCGAAAAGACGCAAAUAUCCUAGUUCGCCUGACUGGGACAGUCAAAUAACUUUGACGCAAUUUGUUCCCAAGACAGAAGCAUCAGAUGCGGGAUCAGGGUUGGUGGGAUAUGACGAAGAUGGGACUGAAAGAAAAUCCGCUGAGGUGAUCGAUCUGGUGGAUGAUGCAGACGAGAAUGAUCAAUCAUGGAGACCUUCGAAUAGACGACUGACCAAAAGACAGUCUACCGGCAGCUCUCACUCCCCUAAUAGUAUCCCGAGCACUACAUUCAAAUCUCGAAGCUCAAGCGUUUUGAUUAGUGGAGGACCGAAAAUCAGCAAAUUUACAAGAGACAAGAAUAACAAAGGUGGGAAUAAGACCCUUACGCAGAUGGAUUUUGUUCGGCGGUUUAUUCCUCUUCCUGAUUCAGAUGAUGGCGAUCUGAAUUUAUACGAUGAGAAAUCAAACGCUACUAGGGAGGCGACUAUCAAGCCCCUAGGGGAGAAUAAGAGUAAAAAUGAGUUCGAAGAUUUGACUCCGAGAAAAAGAAGGAAAUUUAACGAUGAAACGAUGAAUGAGUCGCCUGCUAUCAAAAGCAAAACAUCUCCCGAUGAGAAGAAAAUUCGGCCGCUGAAUGAUCCUAGCGUUCAGCCGAUGACACCACAAAAAGGGCGGCGAUUCGAGAUACCAUCGUCACAAACUCCUGAAUCUCCUCAGCAAAUGUUUGUUCCUACUCCGAACAUUCACCGAGUGCGUCAGUUCCCGAUAGAAGUUUCCUCCUCAAGUGCAAGGAAAGCCACCGAUGCUGCAAAUGACCUUCAGAACACUGCCGAACAGGUGCCAGAAGAAACAAUGCAACCGGAAAACUCAAAGUCUCAAGCUUCAGAUUUCCCCGAUGGUGACAUAGUGGCAUCGACGAUGACUCCAAGUUCACAAUUACAGCAAGCAAGCACUGACAACCAAGUCGCACUUUCCGAAUCUGACGCCAUACAACCUACUUUACAACCACCAGAGCCACCACCAGAGCCACCACCAUCGACGAUACCAAAAAAGACCAUUGUUUAUGACACUGAUGAGGAUACGGACUACGACGAUCUAGAAGACGACAAUCUACCGGAAGUGUCUAUCGGAGCAAAGGCCUUAGAAGAAUGGGCCGAACAGAUUGAUAGCUCGAGUGAAGAUCAUAAUUCUCAGAACUGCGAUUUUUCAGAUAACCUUCCUCCCAUACCUAAUUCUGGGACCGAUCUGGAAAUAACUGGCAAUAUCUUGUCCGAUGCUGCAUUGCCUUCGGAGUCAUCAGUGUACUAUCGCCGACCUGCUCGGUAUACUCAGUAUCCAAACGAGCCCGUGCCGAUCCUGAAUACGCAGAAAAUAGCAGAACUCUUCCCGGUGAUCGAAGACAAUGAUGACCCAAAUUCGACGAUACAAACAUCGGUCUCAUCCACGAAAGAACCCCCUGCUUCUUCGGUUCACGAUCGAUCCGAUGCCUUUGGCUCCGAAACAGCAACCCCAACACAGGAUGACUGUCUCAGUCGAUCCAUCCAAAUGAUCCCAGAAUCUUCACCAAUAACGCGAAAUUACGAGACCAGAUCGGUACAAAAUACGAUGGGACCUCCGGCGCGCGAGUCAAUAGUUUUGGUAGAAUCGUCACAGCUAGUGGACAGACUUAAUCGCCAAAAUGAGAGCAACAUGGACACUGGCAAAUCUUUGAGGAAGCUAUUUUCGACGAAAGAUUUUCUUACGGAUAGUGUUAUGGAAAGUGUCCCGGCCCCUCCGUGGAUGGCAAGUCAGGAUAGUAUUGGAGAGCCGUAUCCGGAUAAGGACGGCCGUGAACGCGCCGGAUAG